CCCCGCCCCUUCCGGCCCGGCGCCCGCUGCCGGGAGGAACCGUUGCUCCGGCGCGCGGGAGGCGCGGAAACUGAACUGCGGCGCGCGGGGGCGUCAUGGCCGCCGGCUGCAUGGAAGAUCCGUCCCUGGAGAGACACUUCAAAGGCCACAGAGAUGCUGUCACUAGCGUGGACUUCAGUCUCAAUAAGAAACAACUGGCAAGUGGCUCGAUGGAUUCCUGCCUGAUGAUCUGGAGUAUGAAACCUCAGAUGAGAGCCUAUCGCUUUGUGGGCCACAAAGAUGCGGUGAUGUGUGUUCAGUUUUCACCUUCUGGUCACCUGGUGGCUUCAGGCUCUAGAGACAAAACAGUCCGUUUAUGGAUUCCCAGUAUCAAAGGAGAAUCUACUGUGUUCAAGGCUCAUACAGCAACUGUAAGAAGUGUUCAUUUCUCCAGCGAUGGCCAGUCCUUAGUUACAGCUUCUGAUGACAAAACAGUCAAAGUGUGGACGGUUCACAGGCAGAAGUUUCUGUUCUCACUUAGUCAACACAUAAACUGGGUUCGCUGUGCCAGAUUCUCUCCUGAUGGACGAUUGAUAGUUUCAGCCAGUGAUGAUAAAACUGUCAAACUGUGGGAUAAAAACAGCAGAGAAUGUAUACACUCCUUCUGUGAGCAUGGGGGGUUUGUGAAUCAUGUGGAUUUUCAUCCCAGUGGUACAUGCAUUGCUGCGGCUGGUACAGAUAACACAGUGAAGGUGUGGGACGUUAGGAUGAAUAGACUCCUUCAGCAUUAUCAAGUGCACAGUGCAGUGGUAAACAGUCUGUCUUUUCACCCCUCUGGAAACUAUCUGGUUACUGCUUCCAAUGAUUCAACUCUUAAAAUUCUGGACUUGCUGGAAGGAAGACUUCUGUAUACUCUUCAUGGUCACCAGGGGCCAGCUACCUGUGUGACGUUUUCAAGAGCUGGAGACUUAUUUGCCUCUGGAGGUUCUGAUGAGCAGGUGAUGGUGUGGAAGACUAACUUUGAUGCGGCAGAUUAUGGUGAUGUACUGAAAACACAGAAGUCUGGCACUAGUGUGGAUGGGACCCAUCACGCUCUGCAAUCAGAAAUGGAUUGUGGUAUUCAUCUUAAGAAAACAAAAAUGCAGGAUUCUGGUAGGAACCACGAGCAGCAAGAGGAGGAGAGCAGUCUUGCAACUACCUUGGAGCAUAUUAUGGGACAGUUGGAUGUUCUGACUCAGGUAAAUUCUGUUCAGAUCCCGCUCCUCUCCCCCACCCAGCGUUCACCUACACAGUCCAAUUUCUGCAGUGUUCUCCUCCCAUCAACAAGUCUGGGCCCUUCUGUGCCUCAUCUCUGAAACAUGCUUUUCACCCACAGCUAGCAGACAGCUAAUCCCUUGCUGAAGUGUUAACAUGCAGUUCUUCCUCAGAGUCACUAAGCAAUGCUUGAACAGUACCAGCCAUUAAUGGUGAUCAUCACAGUAUGUGUUUACUUAUUAAGAAUGUGGGGAUAGAGCUGUUUUUUGUUUAAAUAACUUCUCAUUCUUCCUGUGAAGAAAUACCAUCUGAUUAUUGUCUAGGGCUGAAUUUCAUUGUGUAUUUUUGAGGUAUGUGAGAAGCAGGGAGAAAGCAUGGGAUAGUAAACAUUGGUAAUCUCCUGUAGCUGAGACUGUGGUCGUAGGAUGGAAAAAUCUGUGUGGGAGUGUUUUUCUGUGAGUUUGAGUGUUGUUUCUGAGGCAGAACAAGCAGGUCUUGAACACUCGAUAUUGAACGUACUAAUAACUAGUCUGAGUUAGCUCUCUGCUCUUGAGAAGAAGUACUUGUCAAAAAGUGUGAGAUGAUGGGUUGGAGGGCCCAUUGGGGGAUUGAAGUAGGGCUGACUGAAGGAUUAAAAAACAUUCCAGGACUACAGACAGUCUGAAAUAGUGUAGGGUGAAAACCAAAAGGUAUUUAAGUUAAUUUGGCAGAAAUGCAAAAAAGCACUUUUCCUGUGAUCUCUAAAAAGCUGAAUGCUGGAGGGGGGAGGAAAAAAUCUUGUAUGACAUUGGGCCCUCAUGCUUGUGAGUAAAAUGCAACCCAGUGUAUACACAAAAUACUUUCUUACCCUUUUUACCUCUCCCUAGUAAGUUUGGAAUGUGAUCGUUAUCUUUCAUUACAUAAAUCAGAUCCCCGCUUCUGAUGAUGAAUGUGUAAUGUCUCGUUUUCAACCUCAUAGGUGUUUAGAGAAGGCAAAUAUUGCAGUAAACAGUAUGUGUGGGAUUUAAACUAGAUAUAAGCAAUGCAAACAUCUCUUGAAGAUGUAACUGUAGAAAAUUCCAAAUGUUAUUUUAAACCUAGCAGAAAGAGAAAUUGAGAUCAGUGGGGGAGGAAUAAAUUAGUAGGCUAUAGGAUAAAAUUGGAAAUAGGCCUGAAAUAGUAAAAAACGAAAAAUCUGCCUUGAGUAACUCUGCAUUCAGCAGCCUCUUACCUUUUUUGUAGCUUUUUUUGCCAUCCUUGAAGUACUUAAUUUCCCAUUGGUUCUAAUCUUUGUAUGUUGUAUUUUGUAUUAACACCAUCUUAAUGCAUUUGUACAAGUAGAUGUUCCUGACGCACCGUUGAAAUGGUUUCAUAAUUCUUCAUUUUCAUGCCAAGGUUUUUAUAUUUAACAGCGAAACAAACCAACACCAAACAAACUUAAGCAAAUGAGCCCGGAAGAAGCCCUCAUUCCUAGAGUAAGGGAGGAGGUUCCUCAAAGAGGAGGGAUGCUGGCAGGUAGCGAGACAGAGCUGUGGAAGGUAACUCUGGAGGGCGUCUGCUUGCAUAGCUAAACUUUGUUUUUUCCAAUGCUGAUGGUGUGUAACAGAGAGGGGAAUGCAGCUCUGGCUGCCCAUGGCAUAAGCAGGGCCAUAUGGGUUAAAGGAAGAGGACAGGGUGCCUGUGAUAUUUCCAGAAACCCUCUGUUUGAUAGAGAGAUUUGUAGGUUUUUCAGGAAUUUAUAGUUCGUUAGCUCCAUGGGAGCUUGGUUAUAUUUCUGAUGUGGUACCUUGAAAGCCCCUGUUAUCCCUCUUUUGUGCAGUUGGUGACUGGGAAGAGCCAUAGCGUGCAGAUGGCUAGCAGAGAUCCAAAUGAAAUUGAAACAGCAGCAGGUGGUGGUGCGUUGGUUGUCUUUCCUAGCCAUUUCUGCCAAGGUACAACUGGGUGCUGCUCCCUAGCAGCAGGUUCAAACCAACAUUGUGUGGUUUAUAUGGCAGAUUUGGGCCUGCUGACUUCUUUUUGUCGAAGGGGGACACCACUGCUGCUUUGAAAAUGGAACAAAAAGCUUUCAUAAAUAAUAGAUGUCACCUAAUAGACACCUAAUAGAUGUCAGUAUUUUUCCUUUCUUGGAGGAGGGCUGAGGAUGCUGCUGGUACGCUGUUAUAAAUCAUUAGUUCGUAAUUCCUGAGUGCUGUUUGUUUAAAAGAGAACUCCCAUGGCAUAAGCAGGGCCAUAUGGGUUAAAGGAAGAGGACAGAGUGCCUGCGAUAUUUCCAGAAACCCUCUAUUUGAUAGAGACAUUCGUAGGUUUUUCAGGAAUUUAAAGUUUGUAUGGGAGCUUGGUUAUAUUUCUGAUGUGGUACCUUGAGUUCCUGUGCUCUUUUUGUCAUAGUUUCCAGCACUGUUAACAUGAUGUAAUGUACCAGUAAGGGAAACUUAAAGUUAUGAUAAACUACUUCAGGAAAUCAUGCAAAUAACAAACCUGAUUUAUUUUCCUAGUAUUUUUUGCAUAGCUAUCCUUUCAAGGUUUAUCAUGUUAAACGUAGUAUGAUGUGAAAGUGGAAAGGAGAGAAAAUGCAUUAAAUUUCUGCUGGAAGAUUUAAUGGGAAGACAUCAGCUGAAGUCUGUCAUCUCUUGCCAGUGCACAGCUUUGUUCGGAGCCGCACACUUGAAGAUGCAUUUUCUGCCGCUCACCAAUUAUCAGUACCUUCCCUCUGUUGGCAAUAGAUUUCCAGAUGAAGUGGGGUGUCAUGUACUUAGAGACAGCAGGAUUGUGUGUAUUCCAUUAAGGGGUCUCUUCCUGCCAGGCACCAACCACAAGUAGAGGCGCUGAGGCGUUGUGCCCUGCGCAGCAGGAUGCACCUGAGCAGACUUGCUCCUUCAGUUCGGCACUUCAGCGCUUACUAGAGAAGGAUGGGUCGGAGGAAACCCAUGGCUGCUGGGUACCACAUCUAGCAUUAACCGCUCUAGCAAAUAGAUAUGGCCCUCUCAGAUUUAUAAAGCUUCACUUUUAUGUUGUUGACUUUGUGCUGUUAUUUCAUUCUUUAAAGUGUUGGCAACUUUCUUUAAACUGGUCUUUGAAUAAAACCUUCCUCUUUUCUUCUUCACCAGAACUCUGUCAGGACGUUUUUGUUUUACUUCUAAGAAAGUGGUCUAAUGUGACCUGACAAGGGUCUUCAGAUAAUUUUUCUAAACGUGGUUUGUGUUUGGCCAUACUUCACGUGCAAAUAAAGAAGUUAAUGUUUGACUGCCUUUUUCAGAAGAGCAGCACAUGCUUAAUGCUGCUGCCUUGAAGGACGGAGUGAAGUUGGGAUCCAGACAUAAGCCAGUCAUUUCCAGUAGUUUUGGAUUACUUAGAUGCCCUUGUCCCCCUUUGUAGGAAAGCAGGCAGUUCAAAUCUGGCAAAGGAAUCAGGAAGGUGAGAGUAAUAAAUAAUACAGAUGCUUUGCUCCUACCUUUCCUGCAGCAGAGUAUCUUGUCAGUGUCUCCGUGUUGAAGAAUCCUGUUCUUUACUGGCAUUUUAGAGAUGUGAAAAGGAAGAAAAUGUAAAUUGUUUGUCAAUUUAUAUUUUUUUUAUCAAAGGCUGGAUCUCAGUAUCUCAGUGCCUAUAUAAAGAGGUGGGCUGAAUAUUAAAGUUUUCCCUUAAACAAGGUGAUUUUAUCUCUUGGAUAACUUCCUGGAACAGAAAGGCGUGUUUUGGCUGAAACAAAAAUGGAGCACAUAGUAAGAGUUUACUUGGGUCAAGUGCAUUUUUGCCCUAGCAGCUGAAUUUCUGCAUUUCUGAAAGAAGAUCGAUCAUCUGUGAGUGACCAUCUUGGCUGCAGUGGAAAACCUGCAUUUGCAAUGACAUCUUCAAAAAUUUGUGUACUCUCGUGCUCACUCCAAACACCUGCAGCUGCCAUGUUCACUCUGGUAAUCUGUAGCACUGGUGGGCAGUGGGCACCGAGGCAAAAGCUGCUGGUUUUAUAUGGGAAGGAAGAUGUCUGCUCCAAACAAAGAGUUCAGAAUCAGGUUAGCAUAAAAAUUCAUAAAUAGCUGCGAUAAUCCACCCACAGGAAACAGCUUUAUAUACUUCCCCAAACUAAUCUUGCAUUAAGCUGGGAGAAAACACAACAGUGAAACAGAGAAGGCUUGAUGAAUAUGUAAAAUAAUCCAAGCCUGAACUGAAGCUCAUGUAAGAUUAAAGGAUUAUUUCACUCCAGAAAAGAUUGCAGAGGGAGGGAGGAGAAGAAUUUUUUAAAUAAAGUUCUUUAGCAUAAAAAAAGAUUUGGACACAAGUGAGUUGCUGCUUAAUUAAAACUGAAGAUGUUUGUGUGUGCAAUGCUUAUAAAGAAAACAAGUAAAAGCAGAUUUUUUUAGUCUUUGUUUUGUUUUGAGAUGUGGUCUCCAAAGCCUAUGUUGGUGAGGAAUUAAUGUGGCCCCUCUCUUCUGUGAGGUACUGAAUGUAAGUUAAGCAACUGGUUUAGCAGAAUAAAUGCUUUUAUGACUUCAAGUAGUUACAAGUCAAGAAGAACUUCUUUUCUCAUUUGGGUCAUAAGCACUGCUACCUCUGCCUUACACAAAUGACUUGGUUUCUGUGUUGCUCUCAAGCCCUGAACACCCACUGGCUACAGGUGGACCCAACACACGGGGGAAAAAGUGCAAGCCGUUCUUACUUCAAAAUAAAUGGCCUCAAAACCAAAACACUAAUAGAAACAUGUUCCCAUCUGAAAAAUCUGUGAAAUGCCAGAUAAGCUUGCCUUUUAAAUCUUAAUUUAAAGGACAUAAAGGCUAUUUCUCAUGAAUCAAAGCCAUCUCUUGGAGAUACAGUAGCUUUGAUCUCUCACUCAAAACAAAAUGAAGUACCAUGGUUGUUGCCAGUCCUCUGUUUAAUAUUAGAGCUACUUUUUUUCUAAAAUUCACUUCAAAAAUAUGCUUGUUACAAAAUCUCUUAAGUCUCGAUGCAAAUACGUAUUUUUUCUUUCUAAGACUGUUUAAAUUAAAUUAACUUCUAGGGAUACUGCUGUAUUAGCAGGACACUGUCUAAAGGCUGGAUUCUCAGCUGAUCAUCUUUCUAGAGGUCCACAGGACCUUCACCUUCUAUUAUCCUUCAAUGGGGAGGAUUGUUUUCUUAAGUAGACCUUAAAGACAAAUAUAAAUUGUUACUCAGUCACUGGGUACCAGCAGCUGGGUGAAUUCAGCAGAGUGAUUUGCAUCCUUUCAGAGGUAGGUCAGGGGAAGGAUAUGGAAGGUCUUUGAAGUCUUUGUGGUUGGGGGAGACCUCUAGUCAUUUGGGGUUCUAACCUCUAUACUGUGCAGUUGCUGUCAUGGUAUGUGCUUGGAUAUUUUGUUGUAGUUCAUCAUAACUUUCAUACUGUGUGAUGAAACUUGAAGUCUCCUGCCUCCUUUUGCUGUGCUGGUCUAGCCCCAGAGGUCUAGGAGCUCUGCACCAAGCAAGCUGCCCCUACCUGUGCAGAAGCCUGCAUCUAUUCCUUCCAGAAACUUCAGGAUCUGAUGCAAGUGCUAUCAGUUUAGCUUUGGUGGAUAACUGUCAAGACAGAAGCAGCAGAGAUGAGUGAUGAACCAUUUUUAGUAAGAGGGCUGUAAAUGGAAAGGCUCAGUUACAGAUGGUUUGUGUGCCUUGUCCCCGCACUGUGUGGAAGAAACUGGCAGAGCCUGUGGCUCAUCUUUGUGGCCGGGAUUGAUUUAAUACAAAGGACAUCCUUUUCUGUCCUCCAGGGUCCCUUUGAUCACUGUGAUACUGGUAUUGACCAUGCUGCUUGGUCUGGCAAAAUAGAAAAUUCUAGAAUUUUUAGCUACUCUUGUAUGGUUUUCCUACUGUAAAAAGCACAAGGAGCACUGCAAGUGAUCGCUCGUUGCUGUACUGAGUCUGCUGCAUGAAUAGACUCAUGCAGUAGACCGAAGUUGCUCCUAUAAUUUAGUUAAAGAUUGGUUAACUGUGAUUCAAGCAUCUACAGAAAGUGGAGCGUACUGGAGAGAUGGCAGCUGAUAAUCACAGAAUGGUUUGGGUUAGAAGGGACCUAAAGAUCAUCUAGUUCCAACCCCUGCCACGGGCAGGGACACCUCCCCCCAGCCCAGGCUGCUCCCAGCCCCGUCCAGCCUGGCCUUGGGUGCUGCCAGGGAUGGGGCACCCACAGCUGCCCUGGGCACCCUGGGCCAGCGCCUCGCCACCCUCCCAAUAAUAGUAAGGUGGGCUUAGCUGGGAAAUGCUGGUUUCAGAUUUUUAAAACUACUUCCUUCUUGUAGUGCUUUGGGUUGCUAAAUGUAAAAAAAAAAACCCUUUACUUUUCAAGUGUUGUGAGUAGCACCUGUCUGUUGGCUGAAGAGAGCUGGUAGCACUGUGAGCUCUUAUGCUGUGCACUGGAGAACAAGACAUGGAGGCUGUUUAGGAUCUGGAGCUCUGCAUAGGGAUCCUGAUGAGGCCGGGUUAGUGCUAGCAUUUGGAUUUCUGCAAGCAUUGUCAUGUAUUCCUAAUCCCUAUGACCUAACAGUGACAUUGGAUGAAUGUGCAAAAACUGAGGGGGCGUGCAGGAAUUCCUGACCAGCAGCUGGGCAGCAGCACUGACCGGUACCUUCCUGCCUAGCCAUGCUGAGGUCAAGUGUUUUCUAGUACAAAUGCAAGAGUUUGUGUAAUUGGAAGUGUGUUACAAAGUAAACCCAGAAAAAUUCAUGAUGCUGUAUUAAAGAAAGAUUGAGGGGAAGACUGAAACACUAGAUGAGCUGUCAUCUUCAUUCUGAAAUAAUCAAUAUGCUAUCCAUAAACCAGCCUGGUGUGAAAUAUUCUAUGCAAAUAGGUUUUGUGAGAAUUCACCUUUGAGUUUGCAUUCAAAGCAGUUGAGAUGGUGAGGAGCUACAGAACUUACUUUAAAUGUCUCUGGGGUAGCAGAUCUUGUUUUAGUCUAAGCAGUUGAAGAGCUAUCAUUUCUCUUAGAAAUCAUUUCAUGUUAAAAAAAACAAACCAAUAAACACCACAAACCACCUAAUUAUGUAUUUGAUCUCUGAGAUUAAGGCUUUGACCACUACAGUAGGGCUAGUCCUGACACGCAGAGAGCCUUGCAUGCAUAGUGUUAAUAACUGCGAAGGCUUCGUACCUGGUUAUACUGUGAGAUGGGAGGUUUACGUCCUUGGCGAGCCUGAACUGCCAGCUUUAGCUGAACGUGCUUCAGAGCAUACUGAACAUCGGUAGCUGUGUCAGGUCCCGUCUCAAAACUGUGUUAAGGUACGAUUUGCCCAGGAGGAGGGCAGCCUAGCUUGCUUUAAGCGUGCUUAGUAAUAGCAGGGGUCUGCUUUGAGUUUCACUAGGUGUAGUUGCUCAGACUGAAGGGAGGCUGACAGCAAGUCAGGGCAAAACUUAGUAUGAUAGGAGCAAAGGCUGCUUCUUACCAGACAGGUUCAUGCUUGAAUCUCGGUGGCUUUUGCUGCAUGAAUUCUCCCAUGAGCCUUCUAAUCUUGCAGCUGGCGUUUGGUAUUUUGAACUGCUGGUGGUGGAAGGAGUUAACCUUUUUCCUGUGAAAGGUAGGUAGAGCUACCUCAGUGCAGACUGUUCCUGUGGUAGUUUAUUUCAUAUGUUGCAUUAGAGAAAGGGCUCCCAAGUUUAAUUUACCUGGCUAUUUGUUUAUUCCUCUUCCUGCAUAGGACUGCUUUUAUGCUCAGGACUGUAUUUGGUGGGUGUUGGAGGUACCAUGUUAGUGAUCUGCAUACAGUAACUAGGACCUUUUCUUGUCCGUAUUACUGGCUUUAACUGGUGCAUCUGAAGGUUGGCAGCUGUACUUCUUUCUUGCAAGGCUGUUUUUGCUUUCCCAUAUAGCGCCACCAGGUCUCCUCAAUGCUGUGCAGCCAUCUGUGGUCCAGGUGUCAUAAUUUGUGCCCUAGAGGUACACAGGUACCUCUGAACCCGCUCAUUAGCACUUGCUGAGAGACCCUUGGAUGCUAAGGCAGCAUAUUUGUGAUGCAGUUUACUUGCUGUACUUCUUGGCCAUGUUUGGGACUGACAUGGGUUCUGAAAUUACUAUUUUGGGGGAAAAUCAUAAGAAGUUAUAGCAGGGCAUUUAGCUCUUUGAAAACAAACCAGUGUUGGCGUUGUUUGUUACAGAGGGCAGAGCUCUUAAGUGUGCAGCUUGAGGUCAAACUUGACAAGUCUUAUUCUGCAAAUCCAUGGGCCAUCUGUAGUCUUCACUGUAGCUCUUGAAAGGCAUCCUAAGUCUCUCUUUGUACUAACACAGUGGACUAGGAAAGCUGAGUGCACAGAAACUUCUAAACUUCUGCAUUUCUUGCGUAUACUUUUUCAGGUGCGUUUUUUGUUAAAUUGAAAAGAAAAUGCUGUCUUCAUAAAUUAACAUGUCAGAUUGGAAAGAGAAAUCCGAAGAGGUAGAAGUAAAGUUUUUUCUUGGGCUACUUGGUAUGUUAGUGCUCUGCAAAAUCUUUUUUAACAUAUGCUUAGUAAAAAUGGGGGAGCAAACCUUUAAGAAUCUUCUUUACUUAAGUAAAGCUAGGAAGCUACUUCUGCCUCCUUCAAGAUAAUGGAAAAGAGGGAUUAUAUGUUAUGAAAUGAUGAUGGGAAUAGGAGUGCAGGUGUAAUACUUCGCCUGCACAUGGCUAAAAGCUCAUCUUCUUUGCAGUUGGUGUGCAGGCUUGUCCAUUGUAGGCUCAGCCCAGUUGUUGUUACCUGAUGUGAGUAACUGUUGUAUCAAUACAUCUUUUUUCGGGCAUCCCACAGGUACUGCGGAUCAACCGGAGCAGUGUUACACCCCCCAUGGUGGUGUGUGUGCUACCUCAGUCAAAGCCAGUGUGAGUGGCACACUGAAAACCCACAUGCUGGCAGGGCAGGAGCUGCAGCUUUUUGUUUGCAGAGCUCUCCCUUAGCAGGGUGAGCCUAACGUUGUUCCAGUAUUCCCGUGCUCUUGCCUGCCUUGCCCCCGCUCCAGGUUAAGUACUGCUUUAGGUACUGAGGAGCUUUUUGUCUAGGUGGGUGUCUCGGCCAGGGCUUCCACCACCACUCCAGAGGGUUGCUGAUGGCCUCCUGCUUGCUCGCUCUGGCCUGGGCUUUUCAGGUUUCCUUUGGCAGUUGUAGAACUGGUUUCUGUUGGCAUUCAGUUAGCACCUGGUUCCCUUAUCUAGUCCUCAGAAGAGGCAGGACAGAUUGCCCCCCCAGGGCCACUGCAAAAGCCUCGACCUUGCGGCUAGAGGUUCUUAAAUUGUCUCAGCUACUUAACCAGACAGGGAAAUGUAUAACAGGGACUAAGGGAAAUAUAUUGAUGAAGGCAUCUUGGAACAGCGUCACAAAUUGCUAUUAUUUGGGUUGAGGGAGUGAAAAUAACGUGGAGGAAUAGCAUAGGGGGCUUGUCAUCAAGACUAUUGGGUGCUUCAGUUCAGGUGUCCUGGGGGAGGAUGGAGCUGAAUAUUCCCUAGAACUUAAAAAGUAAAUAGGAGGCAACUUACUUUCUUCUACAUAGUUUCUUUUUCAUGUUUCCAAAGAGAAGAGCAGUUUUUUUCUAGGCUAAGUCUGCGAAGAUGAAUGAAGACAAAUGUUGCAGGAAGCGUUGGUAGGAGUGAUUUAAGUAAGUUUUCUUUUGUGUGAAAAAUUCCAUAUUCUGUUCUGGUGUCCAUAGUGAUGCUCAGGAUAUUACUGUAAUGUCAGAAAUACUCCUUUUAAAAAAAAAAAAAAAAAAGAAAAAGAUUUUUCUUCUCAUUUAAGCCUAAGCUGUUACCCUUCUGCUGAUCUGAGCCAGGACUUUAAUAAAUUAUCCAGCAUUUACUCCCCGGUGCGUAAUGGAGACAUGUGCUGUGCUUCUGACACAACAGGAAGCCCAGAUCCUGCCACAGAGAAACAGCUCCAGUGCAAGCCUGGCUCCAGUGAAUCCUCGCUGAAUCAAGCUUAAUUUUUGGUUCGUUAUCUUCUGAAAAGCAAUAGCAAAAACAUACAGGAGUUGAAUGGACGCAAUUUAAUUUGCCUACCGACAAGGACUUGCUUUAUAAAUAGUAACAUGGAAAUAUUGUAAAACUGUCAGCUGCUAAUAAAAGGAGCUUUUCUUUUGUGUCUAAGUUGCAAUAUAGCACUAAGAGCAGCUGGGCAGUAUUUGUGCUUUCCCUUACCUUCCUAGGAUGUCAGAUGCCCUGUGUAUUUUGGGCAUCACACACUCAAGUCUAAAUGGACUGUAGUCAUCAGUUCCUACUUUGGACUUCCUGGAUUUCGCUUCUGACUGCUACUUUUCCACUUUCAGUUUCCAAAAAAUACUCACUAUGAGUUUUCUGCUUAUACUUACAAGCAAUUUCCAUUCCAAUAAACAUUUUCCUUACAGCUUUUUCACAAAUCCAGCGCUUUCUGAAAUCUGCUUUACUUGCGCUUAGUCUUACAGUGCUGUGUGUAAUGGCAGGAUUGUGGUGGCAGUAAAUCUUGGGAUAUAGGAACCACAAGUAAUCUGGGGCUUUGCUUCUAACAGGGCAGUGUGACCAGGACAUUAGUUCAGUUGAUUAUCUUUCUAAAGGAAAUUUGAUGCAAUGUUUCACACACACACAGAGACCCUUUUUCGAACAGUCUUGAGUUACUAGUUCUUUUUCAAAUGGAAAAGCCAGGAUCCCUACUGCUUUUCAUUCUCUGUCUGGCUGUUUGCAGGAUAGGAUCUUUGCUGUAACCCCCUGGUAGACAUUCAGCCUGCUGUGUUCUGCCCUGAGUAGCUUUACUCCUGACUUCUGUAGGACAGCCACUAGGCAAUAGCAUGGCUGGAUAAGAAAAAGAUGAAAUCCUCCCCCUCUCCUCUCUCCUUUGAAUAGACGGGAGGGCUCCUGCUGGCUCCAGGACAUGUGGGACAUCACCUGCCGGCUCCACAACUUUUCUUCUGCUUCUCUGUGUACUGCAGUUUUUGUGCCUCAGAGGGGUGGCAAUAGAGGAGGAAAAAACUUAAAUGAAGCUAAUGCUGUAGCCCACAGGAAUAUUUAAGCAGUGCAGGGUUUUUUCUUUCAGGUGAAGCUUUCUACAGUUGCAGCAAUGCUGCAUUAGGCAGCAGGAGUUAGCACUUCUGCCUUGUCACAGGUCAGUGGUACAUGUGAAGCAGAAAUAAGCUUUGAACAGAAGGAAAACUAGGGUGCAUUAUAUUCUGACAUUGUGGAUACACAGUCUUGCAAGAUGGCUUUGCCAUGGUGCUUGGUGUUGUUUUUACUAUUUCUUGCUUUCUCCCCCUGCCACCCAUUCGUCUCAUUCCCUGAAUCAUUUUAUGGGAGACUUUUCCUAGUCUCAAGUGGCCUUAGCCAAGCUAUUUCCUCUCUUUGUGCUUUCGUUUCCCCAGCUGUAAAAUGGGGAUAAUGAGACCUGCUUUCUUUUGUCAGGCACUUAGAGAUGUGCUUACGAAAUGUGCUAUUAAAAGGCUUUCUAUGUAUAACUUCUAUACAAACAGCAGUUGUCCGAGUUUAUUUGAAUUACUUUAUUAAAGUCCAAGGAUCCGAGCAUCCUUUGUUUUUAACACAGGAAGUUAUUUAUGCAGUAAAAAUGCUCAAAAUGUGAAGCUAUUGAUUGUUGCUGAUAAGUUUAUGGAUAUUAAAGCAUUAAAUCAUCACCGCCUAUUAUCAGCUGUUCUGGUGUCUUUGGAAGCUGAAAGCAGUUGUGCAUAGCCAGGUCCCUUGAUUACCUUGGAGUGAUCAAUAAAAGGUUUUCAGCAGAAGCUUUUAUUGCCACGUGGUUAAAAUGUUCUUCCUGUGCAUCCUGUACAUGAUGACUUCAGCUUGAGGAGAGAGAUGUAACACUCCUUUGUGGGGUAACUGGAUUACACAAAAAUAUUCAGGCGUUAUGGUGAGGGUAGAUGCUGCCACUUUGGGUUUCAGUUCCACUCCAUCACCUCUUGCACUGUCUUGUGCUGGGAGGGUUUUCUUGCUUGUCAUCAUGCUUGUCCAGCAAGUUUUGUGUGUUUUAAUUGCAUCAAACCAAUGGCACUCAGGGAAAGGAGGAAAGAAUCAGAAACAGCGAGGCAAUAUCAAAGCUAAAACUGGGCAAAACUGUUCCAGACUUCUGUCUCUCGUUAGCAGAACAGUGUCUGGUGGCUCAUGAACAUGGAAGGACGGAACCUGUCCGUGAAAGGAAACGCAGAGCCUGGUUUGAAAGCACUGAGUGCUGGAACAGGUGAUCAGUGUUGUCUGCAGGAAAGCUUCAUGCCUGGCAGCUUCUGCUCCUCUCUGAAGUUGUGUGGGGCUCUGCCCUGCUGAAAUGCUGAUAAGUGGAGUUACAGCCCUGAAAUACCUCAAAAUACUCCUGUGAAUUAGCAUUUUAUUACACCAUUGAGACUACAGUACGUAGCUUGUCUUGGUGAGCAGCUCAACAGCAGCUUUCGUUUUAUU